GCGAGAGUCUCUCGGGGUACUUUCCAACGGACUGAAGAUAGAUCUGGGUUGGUCGGGCCCAUUUAAUAGACAAUUGUGGGACGCUGAACGGUCUACUCGAGCUCUGAGAGACCGCUUUGCGUUCCAUCGGGUUCCCCAGCCUGCAAGUAUAAGAGUCUGUGCAGAAUCCUACGUUCUGUCACGACCGGAGAGAUAUUACUAUAGCUAUUCCUCGCCGCCGCCAAUGGAGAACGUUCAGGGAUGACUCGUGACAACAGUUCUGAACAUGCACCAUCACCCUCGUCAACUCACCACACAAGAACCGCCAUUAUGCCAGACCGCAAAGCUUGGAACAUGGAUGAGGCCACACGCAACAGACUCCUCAAAAAGUACAAAACCCAGGUGGCUUCGGGGGCGUCAACCAUUUGCGCGACGCUGGCGGUGACUCCCUUAGAGAACGUCAAGACUCGGAUGCAGACACACAAUUUCAAGAACAUAUGGCAGUGUGUUCGUUAUCUCUGGCGCACCGAAGGGCCUCGAGGAUAUGUAGCUGGUGCGCUUCCACCUUUGGCGAGUGUCACGGUAGUCCGUGUCGUCAACUUUACCGUGUACAAUGCCUUCAAGGAGAUAAUCGCCGAUAAUGUCCAGCGCCUAACUGGUUCCAACCCUUUGGAUCAUUAUAAAAAGCCUGGAAGCACCCCCACCGUGACGGGUAUCCUUACUUUCACCACUGCAGGCCUCCUCGCUGGCUUGGUGGCAUCGCCUAUUGCUUGCCCCUUUGAGUUGGCGAAGAAUGUCGUCCAAACCUCUUUUCUAGUGUCGAACCGCGCGAUGGCUGCCCCGGACGCAGUCCGAGACCAAUCUUUGCGUCACAAACCCCGCCUGGGGACCAUCCAAGCCAUCAAGCAGAUUUACAUACGACAUGGGUUCUGGGGCCUUUACACCGGUUUCCGCUUGCACGCGUUGCGUGACACUGUGGGCUCAGGACUAUAUUUCAGUGUUUACGAGACUGUGAAGCAGGUAGCAGCCAAGGAGUUGGGUCAGGACAAGAACCCCUUUGGGGCACCUAUGAUUGCCGGUGCCAUUUGCAGCACUGUACCCUGGUUCUGCACUUAUCCCCUCGAUACGCGCAAGACUCGUGCGCAGAGUGUUCUGCUAGGAAAAUCCAGUGAGAUUGGCGAGGCCUCAAAAGCCGUCGCCAAAUCCAGCAUGUACAAGGGCCUGUCCAUCAUUCUUAUCCGGACCGGCGUCAACAACAUGAUCCUGCUCAGCAUUUUCGAAUACAUUAGAAUGCGCAUCGAUGAGCUGCCGAAGGAAACUAUCUAUUGAUAGGGCCACGGUGAUCACAUUAGGAAGAAAUGGGGGUCCACCC